AUGUUUGUCGCUUUCGUUGAUCACUUUAUGGCCUCAAGCAAGCCCCUAGAGAGCUUGGAUGCUAAGCAUGGCUCCACCCCUGCUAUCAGUCGUCAUCGUCUUAGCCUUCAUGAUGGUGAUGACUCUUUGGAGGAUCCUACUGAAUAUCGAAGUGUGGCUAUUGUCUAUAUAUUAGUUCAAAUUUGUUCUCAUGGACUUCCAAGAAACAAGGUGGUGUUUCUCAUUCUAGCACUGAAGAUGAGUACUGCCAAUUGGCUCAAACUAAACAACAGCUUCCUCAAUGUCAUUAUAGAUAUCAUACUGGAAAGAAUCCUCCUCAACAUCACUAUGUCAAUCAAAUGUGAUGUAGAACAUAUGGUAAAAGCAAUCAAAGAGAAGCUAAAGCUACGCACGUGCAAAGGAAACCAAAACCCUCCACCGCGACCUAAUAGAGGUGCCUUCGUACAAUGUCAUGUUGUUGAGAGACGUCCUUUCCUUGUGAGUAACGACAAGUCUGAAGAAGAACUCCAUAAACUGUCACAUCCCGGGAUCGAAGACUUUCUUGACUGGUUGGUAGAGGUGGAGCGUUUCCUCAAGAUUAUGGAGGUUCCAGAGAUGAAGAUGGUGAAGAUGGAUAUCUUCCGUAUGAAUGGUAGUGCAGUUGUAUGGUGGGACUAG